AAAAGAAACGAUGGAAGAAAAUAAACAAGUUUAUCGAGUAAAACUGACAAAUUUACCAAAAUAUAUGGGUUUUGCAGAUAUUAAUAAAUUUGUGAAAAACAAUUUGGGCAAAAUUGGAUUUAGUAAACUUAAAUAUAAUGGACAUGUUACUUUUUUCAAUCUGGCAUCGGAAGAAGAUGCUAUUGAAUCUGCCAAAAUUUUGAACAAUUCGAUAUUUAAGAAGGAGAAUGUUAAUGCUGAAGUGAUUGUGAAAAAGGGUGAAAAGGAAGAAAAAAAGGUUUUAAUUUAAAUUUCUAUUGAAAAUUGAAUUGGCUUCUGAAGUUUUUGAGUUUGAAGCCGGUAAAGGGUCCGGCGAUUGCCUUUGAUCCACCAACCAUAAUUGAGAAGUCUUCCUAUCUAUUUUGGG